CGGAGGGAUGUUGAGAAGAAUGUCUGCGUGAAGCUCAUUUCUUGAAAUAUGAGGAGACUUAUGGCCUAAUCUGUGGUGAAUUUUUAUAAAUGUUCUAUAUGUUUCUUGGAGACUCUGUGGAAGCCCUGGAAUAGAUUCCUUAGUGAAGGCUACAGGAUCUUCUUUCUGACCCCAGCACCUCCAGUUGAGUCCAGAGACCCCCACCAGGCUUUGGGCUCCUGGGAAGAGUGGCAUUGUCAGCAAGAGAGAUUGAAGGCUGAGGUCCAGCGUGAACAUGCCAGUUCACAGACAUUCAACCCGGAGAUCCCUGGCCCCAUCUUCGGGGGGACAUGGUAACUCCUGUGAGGUAUCAGUGUCAUUCGAGGAUGUGACUGUGGACUUCAGCAGGGAGGAGUGGCGGCACUUGGACUCUGCUCAGAGACGCCUGUACCGUGAUGUGACACUGGAGAACUACAGCCAUCUGCUCUCAGUAGGGUACCAAGUUCCCAAACCUGAGGUCAUCUUCAAGUUGGAGCAAGGAGAAGAACCAUGGACACUGGAAGCUGAAACCCUACAUCAAAGCUAUUCAGAUAGCAAAUUUGGGAUUGAGACCUCACAACGUAGAACUACUGAAAAAGCUACAUUUCAUAGUGAAAUGGAGGAUGAAGAUACAAGAGAUGAUUCAUUGUAUUCCAUUUUAGAAGAACUGUGGCAAGAUGCUGAACAGAUAGAAAGAUAUCAGGAAAAACAAAACAAACCUCUGAAUCAUACUGCUUUUGUCAACAAGAAAAUAUUGACUACAGAGUGGGAUUAUGAAAAUAAAGAUAUUGGAAAAUUUGAUUAUCCAAGCCCAAACCUUAUUCCUUUACAGAAAAGACCCCAUAAACGUGAUUGCAUUGGAAAGAGUUUUAAGCAUAAUUUAGACUUACAUAUUCAUAAUAAAAACAAUGCAACAAAGAACUUUGAUAAAAUUAUUGGACAUAGUCAAGUUUUCCCCCAGAGUUGUUCUUAUGCUAGCCACGAAAAUACUCAUACAGGAGUGAAAUUACAUGGAAGUAAUCAGUGUGGAAAACUCCUCAGCCUCAAACAAGCACUCAGUCAAAAUGUGAAAUUUCCUGUGGGGGAGAAAGCAAACACAUGUACUGAAUUUGGGAAAAUCUUUGCCCAGAAGUCACACCUGUUUUCACCCCAGGGAAUUCAUACUGUGGAAAAACCUCAUGAACUUAGCAAAUGUGUAAAUGUUUUUACACAGAAGCAGCUGCUCAGUAUAUAUCUGAGCGUUCAUAGAGAUGAAAAACUACAUAUAUGUACUGAAUGUGGGAAGGCCUUCAUCCAUAAUUCAGAAUUAAUUAUGCAUGAGAAAACUCAUACCAGAGAGAAACCCUAUAAAUGCAGUGAAUGUGGAAAAUCAUUUUUCCAAAUGUCAUCUCUAUUUAGGCAUCAGACAACUCAUACUGGAGAAAAACUCUAUGAAUGCAGUGAGUGUGGGAAAGGCUUCUCCCUGAACUCAGCCCUCAAUAUACAUCAGAAAAUUCAUACUGGAGAGAGACACCACAAAUGUAGUGAGUGUGGGAAAGCCUUUACCCAAAAAUCAACACUCAGGAUGCAUCAGAGAAUUCAUACAGGAGAGAGAUCCUAUAUAUGUACUGAGUGUGGGCAGGCCUUCAUCCAGAAGGCACACUUGAUUGCACAUCAAAGAAUUCAUACUGGAGAGAAGCCUUAUGAAUGCAGUGAGUGUGGGAAAUCCUUCCCUUCCAAGUCACAACUUCAGAUGCAUAAGCGAAUCCAUACAGGAGAGAAACCCUAUAUAUGUACUGAAUGUGGGAAGGCCUUCACCAACAGGUCAAAUCUCAAUACCCACCAAAAAUCCCAUACUGGAGAGAAGUCUUAUAUAUGUGCUGAAUGUGGGAAGGCUUUCACUGACAGAUCAAAUUUCAAUAAACAUCAGACAAUUCAUACUGGAGAGAAACCCUAUGUUUGUACAGAUUGUGGGAGGGCCUUCAUCCAGAAGUCAGAGUUAAUCACACAUCAGAGAAUUCAUACUACAGAGAAGCCUUAUAAAUGCCCUGACUGUGAGAAAUCUUUCUCCAAGAAACCACAUCUCAAAGUACAUCAGCGAAUUCACACAGGAGAGAAACCAUAUAUAUGUGCAGAAUGUGGGAAAGCCUUCACUGACAGGUCAAAUUUCAAUAAACACCAGACAAUUCAUACUGGAGAUAAACCCUAUAAAUGCAGUGACUGUGGAAAGGGUUUCACACAGAAAUCAGUUCUUAGUAUGCAUCGCAAUAUUCAUACGUGAAAGUAACCCUGUUUCUUGAAAAUUAGAACGCCUUAUCACAGAAGUCAGGUCUAAGUGUAUAUUAUAGAAUUCACCUAAGGUAGAUCCUAUGUGAAUAUAUAAGGAAAAGCGUUCAUCAGGUUCUUUCACCUGAGAUGAGAAAAAUUAUUUAGAAGAGGGGGAAUUUUCCAUAUUUGCACAGCCUCACAAAGUAGAACUCAUGCUGGGAAAAACUGCUGUCAGUUUUCUGCAUUAGGAAAAGCCUUUUUAUAGAAAGUUAUAGGCAAAUUGUUACCAAAUUAUAGGAAGGAUGGUGUGAAAUUAUGUAAAUGACAGUCAUGAUUACUUUGGUAUAUUAAGCAAUUUACAAAAUGAAAGGCAAACAAUAUAUGUGGUGUGUAAUUGUAGUCUCACUUCUAUAUUGAGUGUGUGGCAGAACACAUUGUAUAACAGAAGGAGUAGUUGAACUGAAAUUAUUUUUUGAAUUAGGCAUAAUUGUGUCUAUAAAAUAUGUUGCCCAGUAGCUAUGAGUUGGAGUCAACUCAAUGGCAACGGGUUUGGUUUUUGUUUUUGAAUAUUUUUAUCAAGUGAAUACACAAUUUAAGUCAUGUCUUUAUAUAUACAGACGUCUGCAGAUAUAAUUUUACAUAAAUACAUAAUACAAUCCUACCAUACAUACUGGUGUUCAUGACAUAGUAUUUUUAUUUUCUUUCAUUGUGGUAGAAUGCAAAAUAGCCACAGAUUCCUCCCAUCCCUUUAUGCAUGUCCCUUUACGUUGUUACUUUGCUGUUUUUCUUAUUAAGAGAGUUUCUUUCUCCUUAACUCUGAGCUUGGCCAUGUGACUUGCUUUGAACAAUGGAACAUUAGCAAAGAGAUUCAAGAAGAGACUUGAAAAGCAUGAAAAGCCUACUUUGAGGCUUUUACCUUCUCUUCGUACUCUUUGGAAUCUUGAGACCUCCGUGUGAAAUAUUUUUUGGUGCUUGAGACCUUCUCAGCUAAACAAAAGGGCUUCUAAAAAUCUGUACAGCAUUGUCCCACAGCAGCCUGACAUUGCACAAAGCAAAGAGAGGCCUAUCUUAAAAAGAAUUGUCGAUGUGGCAUUUGGGGCAUGGAGUAGAUCCGAACCAGAUUCAUAGGAAGCCCAUAAUGUUUUUAAAGGGAGUUUUACUAGUGAAAUUGCUUCCAGGAUGGACUUAAAGGGUCUAAACCAGUUCAAAUGAAAAGUGGCCUCUGGACUCCUCUCCCUAACUUCUGUGAACAGGAAGCAAGCUGAGAAAGCUACUCAACUGCAAACAUGAACCAGUUCUUGUGAGAAAAGAAGGGCAUCUCAGAAGACCCAAGAACAGUAUAGUAAAAUGGACUGGGGAGCCACUCCCAGGGAGAACUGUGCCAAAAUCGAGAAACAUUAUCUGCACUUGGAGUAGGGGGACCUGCAGCAUUUACUCUGUUUUAUUUCAGAUAGUUAUGGACCAGUGAGUGUUACGUGCCUCUUCUUCCCGUUUUUUGAAUGGGAGUGUCUCUUGCAGUUAUAGUGUGUGUGUCUAUGCAUAUAUAUAAAAUUGUGUUUGCAGGGGUUAGAUAACUUGUCAUUUAGCUCACAGGUCUCUGGAUCAAGAAACUGGGAAACUGCACCCAGGAAGCCUCAGCCAUAUCUAGACCUGAUGCAGGAGACUUGAGCUCCUGGAUUUGAACCUGAUGCCAUAAUUGGGAUGAAACAUUUGGAGGUCCCAGAAUGGGGGUGAACAUAUUUUGCAUGAGGGAGUCAUAUGAAUGAUUUUUUUUUCCAUAGGACAGACUGUAGUAUAGAAAAAUGCUAGACUUUUUCCAUCCCUGCAUGUAUGUCAUUUCAAUCUUUUUUCUCAUGUUUCAGUUAGGACAAUUUCCACUGACCUAUCUUCAAGUCACUGAUUCCCCACCCCUACCCCAGACUCUGUCUAGUCUACUGAUGAACCUGCUGAUGACAUUCUUCAUCUCAGUUGUUUUCUUACUACUAGCAUUUUCAUUGGACUCACCGUUUUCAUCUCUUUACUGUAAUUCCCCAUCUGUUCAUGCACAUUAUUCAUGUUUUUUACUAUAACGUUUAACAUAUUAGUCAUAGUUAUUUUAAAUUUUCUGCCUGAUAUUUCCAACAGCUGGGUCAACUAAGUCUAGGUCAGUUGAUUGCUUUAUUUCUUGACAGUGGGUUGUUCUCGCUGUUUUGUGUCUAAUAAUUUUUUUAAUAUUGUGUUUUAGGUGAAAGUACAGAGAAAAUUAGUUUCCCAUUUAACAAAUUGUACACAAAGUUCCAUGACAUUGGUUGCAAUCCCCAACACUCUACCCAUUUUUGCCCUGGGUUCCCAGUUACCUUUCAUCUGGUUUUCCUACCCCUUGCUGCCUUCUCAUUUAUAUUUUUGGGCAAAUGUUGCCCUUUUGGUAUUGUAUAAUUGUUUAUUCUAUGGAGCACAUUCUU